AGGCGCUCCGCGUGUGCCCGUGCAAGGCACGCUACACCCCGUGACGUCAACGCGCAGCGUCACGCCGGUGGGACGCACAAAAGUAAAAUAGCAUCGUGGUCCCCGCGUCCCGCAGGCAGCAGGAUUGUAAGAGGAUUGCCUGCUAGGCUGGGGUAACAUGGCAAAAGAUGCUGGACUAAUUGAAGCCAAUGGAGAGCUUAAGGUGUUUAUAGACCAAAACCUAAGUCCUGGAAAAGGAGUUGUUUCUCUAUUGGCUGUUCAUCCCUCUACAGUAAAUACACUCGGAAAACAGCUCCUGCCAAAAACAUUUGGACGGUCUAAUGUCAACAUUGCACAGCAAGUGGUUAUCGGUACACCUCAGAGACCUUCAGUGCCAAAUACUAUCCUGGUAGGAAGUCCACAUACACCUAACACACAUUUUGUAUCACAAAACCAGACUGCAGAUUCUUCGCCGUGGUCUGCUGGGAAGCGGAACAGAAAAGGAGAGAAGAGCGGCACGGGUUUACGUCAUUUCUCUAUGAAGGUCUGUGAGAAGGUACAAAGAAAAGGAACCACCUCAUACAAUGAGGUGGCAGACGAGUUGGUUGCAGAAUUCACUACCCCCGAUGAUCACAUUUCACCAAAUGAAUCACAGGCUUACGACCAGAAGAACAUUAGACGACGUGUCUAUGAUGCCUUAAAUGUCCUCAUGGCCAUGAACAUUAUCUCUAAGGAGAAGAAGGAAAUCAAAUGGAUUGGUCUACCUACAAACUCGGCUCAGGAAUGUCAGAAUUUAGAGGUGGAGAAACAGAGAAGACUUGAAAGAAUAAAGCAAAAACAAUCUCAACUACAAGAACUCAUUCUACAGCAAAUUGCCUUCAAGAACCUCGUUCAGCGAAAUCGUCAGGCAGAACAGCAGGCAAAUCGACCGCCACCUUCCAAUUCUGUCAUCCAUUUGCCAUUCAUCAUUGUGAACACCAGCAAGAAAACAGUGAUUGACUGCAGUAUUUCAAAUGACAAGUUUGAGUAUCUAUUUAAUUUUGACAAUACUUUUGAAAUUCAUGAUGAUAUAGAAGUACUAAAACGAAUGGGAAUGGCCUGUGGGCUAGAAUCUGGAAGCUGUUCAGCAGAGGACCUAAAAAUUGCAAGGAGUUUGGUUCCCAAAGCUUUGGAACCAUAUGUGACAGAAAUGGCUCAGGGAUCAAUCAGCAGUGUAUAUGUCACAUCUUCGUCAGGUUCUGCAUCAAAUGGCACAAGAUUUUCAGCCAGUGACUUUUCCAAUGGUGGAGAUGGGAUGUUGGCUACGAGUUCCAAUGGAUCUCAGUACAGUGGCUCCAGAGUUGAAACACCAGUUUCUUACGUGGGAGAUGACGAUGACGACGAUGACGAUUUUAAUGAAAACGAUGACGACGACUGAUGCCCUUUGCUUGUAGACUUGUUAAAAUUCAGCAAGCUUCAGGAAUAAAUUGUUCUAGGGAGAGAAGUCUCAAAUAACUUUGCCCCAUCCCUCAAGGAAAGUGUUGGUAAGCAGUUCUGAGUUUAGAAAUGCACCUCUGAUAAGCAAGCGAGGAUUGUUUUAUGUAGGAUAUUUUUAAAUGUGGUGUGGAUGUGUGUUUUUGAUACCAGUGUGUUAAUGCAGAGCCUUUAUUUACUCUUGGUUUAGGGGUUUUUGGUUUAUUGUUUUAUUUGGUUUUGUUUUUGUUUUUGUUUUUUUACUUGAAGGAAAAUGGAUUUUGCCCCCAAAUGUUCUUGCUAAGUUUGCUAAAGAAAAUGUAGACACAUCAUUGAGAAAUAAAAUGCUGUCCUUCUGUGGAAAAUGAAUACACUGAAUGGCAAUUUAUUUGGAGUGUAUUUUGAUUAUACCACUUUCGAGGGAUAGCAAGCUAAUGUAGUAGUGUGUUUUUUUGUUAACCAUGCAGUGUCCAAAGAACCAAACAGGAAAGAUACGUCCUACUUUUUUACAUGUUAAAUUCCAGAAAUGUUGUUGUGAACUAAUUUUCCCUUAAAUUAUAUCUAACAUUAUGAUUCCAUCAAGUUUAUAUACUUGUCACUGUAUGUCGGGACAUAAGAAUUACAAACUUUUGGCAAAUGUUUACUGCCAGCUGGUGCAGCUAUAUAAAAUGUCUUGAAGGUUUGGAAUGAUUUAUUGCUUAUGGUAAAAUUUGCCUGAUUUCUUACAGGCAGACUUUGGAAACUUUUUAUUAUAUAGUUGUUUACAUACUUAUAAGUCUAUCAUAUAAAGACAUGUACUGAAACAAAUGUUUGUAUUUGUUUCAUAAGCAUCUUCCUGUAAUCUAUUAUAAAGUUGAAAUUAAAUAUAGAGAAUGUUUUAAGUUUUUUAACUCAAAAUUUGUCAAUCAUUUUUAAUAGUUCAUUUUUAUAAAAGGAAUUUCAGGGCAGGUGGUAGUCUUUUUAAAUUUAUUCACAAACAAUUAACUGCACAAAUACUGUCAGCUGCCUAUUCUAAGACAGUAGUCUUUUUAUUGAAACACAAAUAAACUUUUCUGUAAUAUUUUAUGGAAUAUAAAGAGACUAUAAUUGUUUGACUUGUUUAACCUUGGCACUGUUAGUUUUUAUUAAUAAAACGCGCAUGGGCAUUUUUAA